AUGUACACCCACUCUAAGUGUAGGUCUGUUUAUUACAUCGUAGAGGAAACAAGUCAUCAGCUUAAAAGGCGCGAAUUGAUUCAUACCAAUCACCCGUCAAAGCUGAAAAGUCUGUUUCUGACGCUUACCAGAGUUUCAACCACCCGCAAGAAAAAGAUAAGCGAAAAGAAAGGAGCUAGAAAAGUGACCAUGGAGCACAGGAAUACAGCAACCGUGCUAUUUGAGACUGGGUUAGUUACUUUGGUGAUGGUUCUUUCCUUUCUCGGAAAUCUCAUGGUUUGCCAUGCUAUACGCAGAAACCCAAGACUUCGUUGUCCGAGCAACUACUACCUCAUUUCUUUGGCGCUGACCGACAUUUUCCAAGCUGUGCUGGUAAUGCCGCUAUCUGUUUUCCUAUUAGCUAUGGAAAGGUGGCCGUUUGGAACCCCAAUGUGCUACGUCUCUGCGAUUACAAAGUUGUCUUUGUCGAAAACCUCACUAUUGACGAUGGCGCUGAUGGCGUUGAACAGAUAUUACAAGAUAGUGAGACCAGCGAGCUACCAAAGUGUUUUUACAAAGAGGUUUAUUGUUAUAACUGCAUCAGCAGCGUGGGUAACGAUGGUUUUGAUGUCUCUCAUCUUCGCCUUUGCUCCCGAUUCCCGCCCUCAGGAAGACUUGAGUUUCGCAGUUUGUAGAGUAAGUUUUGGACAGUUUGUAUCUGUUGUGCUAAUUAUAAUGUACUUGCCCUAUUUUGUUAUCGGGUUUUGUUACUGGAAGAUUUACCGCGUCGUGAGGAUGCAUAAUGCCAAUAUUUCGUGGCAGAGUGCCAAUGUCGAGCAUGUUAAAAUUACUAAAACACUUCUCGUAACUAUUGUUGGUUUCGCCAUUCUUUGGGUGCCUGCUCAUGCCGUAUUUGUAGCGUUUCUUUUCGAGUUAUACGUGCCUCAUCAGCUUAAAUUUAUGGUCACCUUUUUUGUCUUUACAUCUAGUUGUGUAAAUCCUUUCAUUUAUGGUUUCAUGAAUCGGGCAUUUAGGCACGAAUUCAAGAAAAUCUUGACAACAAGAAAUAAUCCGAUUGCCUCAGAUUCUGGUUCAGCUCAAAAUUAAGCUCACCGGUCAUUUUCUCUAAAAAGAAUAAGAUUAAUUGAAAUUUGAAAAAAAAAACCGGCUUAAGUGUGUUAAGAUGCCCCAGGAAUUGGCGGCUUUUGAUGUGUUGCGGAUAUACACGCAAUACAAAAAUGGCUAUCAAUUAAUAUUAGGAAACUUUAUGAAUAGUGGCAAAAUAUUUACCUAGAAUGUACAUACAGGUGAAAGUCUCUCGCUAGUUUCGGAAAGGAAAAUUAUUAGGAAAUUAUUUUAAGGUGAUUUCGGUGAUCAUGUUUACGUUUAUUUAAAAGGUGCGUGAGAGUAUAUGCACCAUCAGAUUUUCAGAAACUUUGUAAAUGCCAAAUUAUCGAUAAAAUUUCUUCAAAAACAGGCGGUCUAGUCAAUUCAUAAUGGAUUCGUUUAAAAUUAUAUCGAUUGUCUUCUAAAGAAAAUAUUUAGACUGACUGUAAAAGCAAAGUUUCCGCGGAUAUUUCUAAUGAAAUCUUCGAUUGUUGAAGUCACACAAAACUUGUGAUUCCGACAGAGAUUUGGAGCAAAAUAUUAACCAUGAUACGCUCUCUUCAAAUUCUUCCUCCUCUUGCUUCCCUCCUCCAACAAGUGGGGAUGAUCCUUAUA